CCUGCCUUCCCUUGAUUCUUGCCCUGCCUCUUACAAGUCCUGCCUACCAGCCUGUCCUCACACAAUCCUCUCAACCUGCUCGUAACCCCCUGAUCCUUUCAUUCCUGUCCUUUUCCUUUGCUUUCUUCCCAAAAAUUAUCUCUGAACAAGCAUUGACAUCAAAUCUACAUUUUUUCGCCCAAAUUCCUUCAAUUCCGUAAAAGUUGAUGGCAAUCCACGGAGUAUUCCUGGGAAACAUAGAUAUUGUUGUAGACAUGGAUGGCAAACACUCGCCUCCUACCCCCGCGGAAGAGGAUCAGUCUUCGAAGGCCAAAGUAGCAGGGGUUCGCAAAAUCCCCCAUUCCGACACUCCUGGUAACUUGUACAAGAUGAGAAGAUGGUUGUCGUCUUCGCGGCAUCCUACCAAGAGCGCAUGUGAGGCAUGCAGACAAGCGAAGACCAAGUGCCAAGAAACUCGCCCUUGCAAGCGAUGCAUGAGCAGAGGCAUGGAGUGCAGAACUUUAAGUCCGAUACUACAGCCGUCCAUCUUCACCAACGUCCCCCAUGAUCCCCUUUUCUCUCCUCUCGCUGGACCAGUCUGGCAGCCCUCGGAGCAAGCAUCCAAUGAACUGCAUCCUUGUACUUCUCAGCCCUCCCUUCCGUUCGAGGUUGUGAAUGAUCGCUGCGAGUCUCCCGCAGCGCUAUGGCGAGGAAACUUUGAAAGCGCUCUCAUGGACGAGGCCUUGUUGCAUGUCUCCAGCCAUUGACCGGAGCUCGUCGCCCGAUGCGCCUCUACAACUUUUCUGUAACAUUAGAACACGCAAACUUCUUCCAAACCAAAGAACCAGAUAUUAAUAAAUUAUGCAGAAUCUC